CAACAACACAUGCGGCGCGGCGACAACACGUGCUCAAGAGUGAAGUUGAAGACUCUUCUAGUCUCUCUACUAGUCUAACUGUAUACUCUCUACUCUAGUCACACUGUCUGUCUGUCAUCUCAUCGCCCAUCCGAUGUUCCGAUCAACUCAUCACUACAGCACUAGCACAGAAUACUGACGACAGACAGCAGUCGCAGGUUAAGCAGUGCAGUGGUAGUACUAUGGUAGUGGUAGUUAGUUGGCAGUGCGUUUUGUGGUAGGCCUAGGUUUGUGCUGUCAACUCUUUUAAAGAGUAGGCGCACUAUGAUUUUUGUUAAACAAAGUUGUCAGUUCUAUUAAUGUGUUGGUUAACUUAUCUUCGGUUGUUUGUGUGCCCGUAGUGAUAUUUAAAUAUUUUGAAAAUAUGAAUAGGAAGAGGAAAACUCAAAGUACCAAUUCCUCGACCCGCAACCGAGGCCAAAGUCAGGAUGCCCGAGGUCAAAGUCAGGUUGUGCGAGGUCAAAGUCAGGUUGCGCGAGGUCGAAGUCAGGUUGCCCCAGGUCCAAGAGAGGUUGCGGAAGUGAUGACAAAUGCAAGAAUGAGAACUCCCAUGACAUUGAGGCCUCUACAGGAGAGAGUUACCAACCCACAAGAAAAUAGAAGGAACACUAGUGGUGAUGAUGCGACCAAGACGUCAGCCAAGAGAGCACCUAGGCGUCCGAGUUUCAGGAUUAUUCAACCGCAGAGAUGUCAAAGGGUCCGAUAUGUUCCUCAGAUUGUGUCAGUUGCUCCCAUGCCAAGAACUACAGUCAAUCCCACCAUCUACAGCCCUGAGACAAUGUUUGGAACAGAAGCCGUCUACAAUCAACCCAGUUUUCAAUUCAUGGAGCAGGCACUACCUGACGCUUUCCCUGCGUACUGUAGUCAGGACGAUGUGGGAGAAUGGCCCAGUGAUUUGGAUGAGUUGGUUGCAAACUGGGACGAAGAAGGAAAUGUGUGGGAUGUCAUUAAAUGGUUGCCGGCUCCAACACACACUGCAGUUCCGACACCUCGCAUGGUUACCUACGUUCAAGAGAUGAUGAGCGAGUGGGACGAAACGUUUGACAACAAGUGUCUACAAGUAAUGGAGUGGCUCGGAUACCCAGACGUGGCCUCGCCUCAAGUUGAACCACCAAAGGUGGUAGUGGAGGCCCAGCCCAGCUCAUCACAAGCCUACAACCAGUGGUCAUCAAUGAAUGAACACACCUAGUCCUGCAGCAACAGGUUAAUCACCAUCAGCUUUUAUCCGAAUUUGUUGUUUAGUCCUUUUUUUAUUUUAGGAGAGGCUGAAAGUCUGAACCUACAUAGUACAUAAUCUAUGGUUUAGCAAUACUUAUAUAGUAUUUAUUUUACACAGAAUUUAAUAAGUAACAUAUUUAGACAGCAAUGGGUCUGGUCUAACCUAAAAAUUUAGUUUCAUUUUAUUACCAUCAGAUCUUUUAUCUGAAUUUGUUAUUUAGUUCUUUUUUAUUUUAGGAGAGGCUGAAGUCUGAACCUACAUAGUACAUACUCUAUGGUUAGCAAUACUUAUAUAGUAUUUAUUUUACACAGCAGUCAAUAAGUAACAUAUUUAGACAUCCAGCAAUAGGUCUGGUCUAACUUCAAAAUUUAGUUCAGAUCUUUUAUCUGAAUUUGUCGUUUUGUUCUUUAUUUCUAAGUGAUAUGGCUUGGCUUAACUUGUACGGUUUAGCAAUGCUCAUUCAGUAUUUAUUAUACUUUGUUAUUAAGUAACAAUAUUUAUAUGAAAUGUGUUUAUAUUCCUAUCAAGUGCAAUAUUUUGAU